UAGACUUGUUGCAAUAGUAACAUCAUGAAAAUUCACCUACAAACACUGCAUAUAUAAAAAUUUCUUUUUCAGAAUAGUUUCAGUUAAACUCUACCCGACAACAUGAGUCACAAGAAUAAAGACAUGGAGCAGGCUGUGUACAGGGUACCUCCCUACCACUAUCUUCAUGUACUGGAUCAAACUACAAACGUCACCAGGGUAGAGAUUGGACCUCAGACAUUCGUCAAGAAGGAUAAUGAACAGGUUCUGAUGAAUCCUGAGAAAAUGGUUAUAGUUCCUCCCAGACAUUAUUGUAUCAUUCAAAACCCUGUCCUACGAAAUGAGAAAGGGGAAGUUGAGACUGAUUCAAUGGGGCAGGUUCGGUUGGAUCAUGCAGAAGAAGAAAUUAGGUUGCAGCAGGACCCGUUUCCUCUGUAUCCUGGGGAGAUGAUCAAGAACAAGGUUUCUCUUCUCAGGGUUGUACCAGCUCUUACUGCACUCAAGUUACGGGUAACCCGAGAUUACUCUACUGGCGAAAAAGAAAUGAUUGCAGGGGAUGAACUUCUAUUCGAAGGUCCUGGUACCUAUGUACCCCGGAAAGAGGUCGAGGUUGUGGGUGAAGAGAAAGCUAUAAUAAUAAAACCAAAUCAAGCACUUAGGCUUAGAGCUCUCAGGGAGACGGUUGACCGGGAUGGCAAGGCAAGGGUAGCUGGAGAAGAAUGGUUGGUCAGAAAGAACGGAGCUUAUCUUCCGGGAGUUUACGAAGAAAUUGUAGAAACCGUCAAUGCGUAUGUGUUGACCGAAAAGGUAGCUGUGCACGUGCGCGCUGCGCAGACCUUCAAGGAUGGAAGUGGGAAAGUGCGUAAGUCUGGAGAGGAAUAUCUCAUCACUAUCAAGGAUUUGGAGGCGUAUAUUCCUGAUGUAUACGAAGAGAUCGUUGGACAAGUUUAUAUAACAACAUUAACAAAUAGGUAUUUCUUCCUGCAGCCUGAUGAGAAUCUUGAGGAUGGUGUUCAGGAUGUGUUCGUUCUCGGGGAUAACGAGGGAAUAGUUCUCCGUGCUCUGGAAAAUUUUAUGGACGAAUUCCAGAAUCCUCCGGUUUCAAGGCAUUCAGGGGACAAAUGGAUGCUCCAGGGCCCCCUGGAAUAUAUUCCACCAGUAGAGGUUGAGGUUGUUACAAAAAGACAAGCUAUUCCUCUUCAUGAGAAUGAAGGGAUAUAUGUUAGAAACAUCAAAACUGGCCAAGUUCGAGCUGUGAUAGGUCAGACCUAUAUGCUGGGAGAAGAUGAGGAACUAUGGGAGAAAUCCCUCCCUACCAUUGUAAAAACCUUGCUCUCUUCUGACAGAGAUAAUGGUAAGGGGACACCACAUAUUUCUCUUUCCAGGUUUAUAAGAGAUACUGCUGCAGACAGGGGGGAUUGGAUUAAUCCCAGCAAAGAAAAAUCAAAGAAAAAGGAUUCCGGGGAGGAUGAGGAGGACUGGGACGCGUCACGUGUUGUCACAUUUCAAGUACCACACAAUGCCGCGGUACAGAUUUAUGAUUACAAGAGCAAAAAGUCCAGGGUCGUCUUUGGUCCCGAUCUUGUUAUGCUGGGCCCUGACGAGCAAUUUACACAACUUAGACUUCAGCUAGAGCUCUCUUACAACUGGCAUUUCCAAGUGACAGAUCAAUCCAACGACAAGGAUGCUUCUAAGAUAUUUUCUGUUGCUGAUUUUGUUGGUGAUCUUUGCAAAGCUAUGGCUUCUAAGAUUCGUGGAGCUGUUUCAUCUGUAACCUUUGAUGAUUUUCAUAAGCACUCUGCCACAAUUAUUCAGAAGGCUGUAUUUGGAAUAGAUCUUGGAACAGAGAAGGAAUCUGAUAUUCUGAUAUUCAAAUCCAACAAUCUGUGUGUAACAUCAGUUGAUAUAAAAUCCGUUGAACCAGUAGAUCAGCGAACUAGAGACAGUUUACAGAAGUCCGUAACUCUGGCGAUAGAGAUUACAACCCAGUCUCAGGAAGCAGCUGCUAAACGAGAGGCGGAGAGGAUAGAACAGGGAGCGAAGGGAAAGCUAGAACGGCAAAGGAUCUCUGACGAGGCCUUGGCAGAGAAGGAACGAAGAGAGUUGAUUGUUCUUCAAGCUGAGAGCGCUGCUGCGGAAUCUACAGGACAGGCGAAGGCUGAGGCUAUUGCCAGAGCUGAGGCUUCGAGGAUAGAGGCUGAAGCUGCUGUAGAGGGAGCAAAGCUUAAAGCAGAAGCUUUAAAAAUAGAAACAGAGGCAGAGCUGGAGAGGAUGAAAUUGGCUCGCGAGGCUGAUAUCAAAUUUACACUUGAGCAAAACAAAAUGGAAAUUGAGAAAUGUCAGGAAAUGGCAAAGAUUGAGAGUGAGAAGUUUACGAGUAUGGUUCAGGUUUUGGGAACUGAAACUAUCAAAGCUCUUGCUUCGGGCCCACAGGACCAACAGGUCCGAAUGCUACAAGCUCUGGGUCUCAAAUCUACCCUUAUUACUGAUGGUCGAACUCCAAUCAAUCUUCUGAACACAGCCUCAGGACUUCUAGGCCCCAUGCCUCAGGUUGUUGAAGAAGCGUAGAGAAAAGUUCUCCUCCUGGGAGAUUAAUUAUCAUUAGCUUUUGUUUUGAUUUUCUGAUUUUAUAGUCAAUGGAUAGCCUGCACUGCACUUAGUGAUUGGAAAUUAUAUUUUUCAUUUUGAGGUUUUUGAACUUUCAAAAGGCACAACAUAAAUACUGUAAACUUCAAACAUUUCAAAACUUUUGUAAAAGUUUGCUUUUAUUGAACUAUUCUUUCUUUCCCUCACCAUUAAACGAUCGUUUUUGAUUCGUUUAUUGUUCAUUUUCAGGAUCCAGAUUUGGCACAGUGUAAUAAAAGAAAUGUCUAGAAUAAAAUAUUUGUAAAUGAAUUGAGUCUUUGCCACAAACUCAGGUUUUCUUAUCCCUAUAUACCCCAAUUUCGUACACCUUAUUUAUUUCAAGCUAUGAAUUCUGUUAGAUCCGAUAACUUAAGUUUGAAAUAUCAAAAGUUUACACCAUCAGGUAUCAAAGAUAAAGGGUUUUUAAUAUAUCAUUUUAUGGCAAAGACUCAGUUUCUUUCUGUUUUUUUGCACAAAAUCUCCACUUUCAAAUGCUGUGUUUAAAUAUGAAGUUAGUGAACUUUGAAAACAGAAUAGUUUAAUAGAAAUAAAAAACUUUUGCUGAA